AAAAGGAGAGUAUCACUCUGCUGGAGGUGAAAAGCCACAGAGCGAGGGGAGAGAGCUGAGAGCACAAACAGCAGAGAGGACAGUGACAUGGCCUGGGUUGCUCUUGUAAUCUAUUUUCACAUUACACUUUUCCUUAUUCUGGAAAUAGGACAUGCCACUGAAAAGGACACCAGAGUGCUGGGAGCUACAGCCCCAGGAGAUAUCAUAAUCGGAGGAAUCUUUCCCAUUCAUGAGGAUGUAGACCAAAGGAAUAACUCCUUUGCACCCCAAGCACAGCCAUGUAUCAGGUUUGAAGAAAAAGGCCUGAUGAAAGCUCUGGCUAUGAUCAAUGCUAUAGAAGUCAUUAAUAAAUCCCCUCUGCUGACUGCUCUUAACAUCACUCUGGGUUACCGGAUCCUAGACUCCUGUUCUGAUGUCAGCACAGCUCUGAGAGCCACAGCAGAUUUCAUCCAACAGACCAACUGCCACACGGGAGGCAACACCUCCACCUGUGGCCAGCCAGUCAUGACUGUUAUAGGUGCCUCUUACUCUGAAACAUCCAUUGCCAUCGCCAGGCAACUGACACUCAGGAUGAUUCCUCAAAUCAGUUAUUCAUCAACCGCUGUCAUUCUGAGUGAUAAGAGUCGCUUCCCUGCCUUCAUGAGGACCACUCCAAAUGAUGUGCAUCAGAUAGCUGCCAUGGUCAGUCUGCUCGGCACCUACGGCUGGAACUGGGUGGGAAUAGUUACCACAGAUGGAGAUUAUGGCCAAUCAGCUCUUGACCGCUUUGUGUCCCAGGCCUCUGCAAAGGGGAUCUGUGUGGCCUUCAAAUCAAUUCUGCCUCAAUCUGUGACCAGUCAGGAUGUAUUCCCUGCUAUCACACAGGCUGCCAAAACCAUCUACAAGAAUCCCAAGGUACAGGUGAUUGUGUCAUUUGCCAAGCCGACUCACAUGAUGUACCUUUAUCAGGAGCUUAAGAAUCAGACGCUGAGAGCAGGACAGAACAUGUGGUCAAUGAGACGAGUCUGGGUGGCCAGUGACAGCUGGUCUUCCUCCAGCUCUGUGAAAGGAAACUUAACCCUGAAGGACAUAGGACAUGUUGUGGGCUUCACCUUCAAAAGUGGAGACUUGUCAUCAUUCCGUGAGUACCUGAGCAGGCUGGAGGCUGCUGGACAUGAAUACACAAGGAAUAACUCCUUCCUGCAGGAGUUCUACAUGCAGCUAAAUGCCAGUAAAGGUUCUACAGACACUGAGCUGGUGUCUGAAGGUGUGAAGAGACUCAGAAAACACUAUCUGGCUGACACUAUCUUCAGUGUUGAGUUGGCUGUGAGCGCCAUCGCUCAGGCUGUGGCGUCUAUUUGCAGAAGUAGAGACUGCAAAACACCAGGCACAGUGCAACCCUGGGAGGUCCUGAAAUCUCUGUGGAUGCAGGAGUUUAAAGUUAGAGAAAAGAGCUAUAAGUUUGACUGCAGAGGAGACAUCAACCUGGGCUAUGAAGUGACAAUGUGGAGGUCAGUUGGAGGGAACAUCCAUGUUCAUGAUUUUGUGGCUGAGUACCAUCCGCACACCAACAACUUCACCAAUACCAACCAGAGCACCACCUGCCAGUUCUGGGACCUAAAGAACAUCAUCUCAAAAUGCUCCAAUAGCUGCGUCCCUGGAGAGUUCAAGAAAACGGCUGAGGGUCAACAUGCCUGUUGUUAUGAGUGCAUCAACUGUACUGAGAACUACUACUCUAAUGAGACAGAUAUGGACCAGUGUCUCAGCUGUGACACGAACAUAGAGUGGUCUGCUGAGGGCAGCUCUAGUUGCAUUCCCAAAGCCCUGCACUACUUCUCCUGGCAGGAUGGCUUCGCUGUGGUGCUACUGACCUUUUCUGUUCUGGGCAUCCUCUUGGUUCUGAUAGUGUCAGCUCUUUUUUUACAUCAGCGUGACACUCCUGUGGUGAAGGCUGCUGGAGGGCCGCUGAGCCAGGUCAUCUUAUUCUCUCUGGUAAUCAGUUACAUCAGUGCCGUGCUGUUUGUAGGUCGGCCCAGCAGUUUCCAGUGUAAGGCUCGGCAGGUGCUCUUUGGCAUCAGUUUCACUCUGUGUGUCUCCUGCAUCCUGGUCAAGACCCUGCAGAUCCUUCUUGCCUUCCAGUUCAAUCCUGAGCUGCAGGAGGUUCUGCGGAGGGUCUACCAGCCUUAUGUCAUCGUCAGCAUCUGUGUGGCCCUCCAGGCAGUUACCUGCAUCUGCUGGCUGGUCCUCAAAAGCCCAUUUAAUCACAUCAUCAGGCAACCAACUACUCUGCUGGAGGAAUGUCAUGAGGGUUCACACUUGGCCUUCGGGGUGAUGUUAGCCUACAUAGCUGUCCUAGCUUUUGUGUGUUUCAUCUGCGCCUUCAAAGGACGUAGACUUCCACAGCACUACAAUGAGGCAAAGUUCAUCACCUUCAGCAUGCUGCUCUACCUUAUCUCCUGGCUGCUCUUUGUUCCUGUCCACGUCACCACUUCAGGAGUGUACCUGUCGGCUGUGGAGAUGGUGGUGAUUCUGAUCUCCAACUAUGGCAUCCUAAGCUGUCAUUUCUUCCCAAAGUGCUAUAUAAUCCUUUUUAAGAAGGAACAAAACACCAAAAGUGCUUUCAGGAAGAAUCUGUAUGAGUAUUCCAGCAAAACCACAGAUUCCAUCUCUAUGUCUGGGAUUUCAGUGUCAGAGCAACAGUCCAGGAACCAGCACUUCAUCAUCAGUUCUUUGUCCCUCUCUGUACCUGCAGCUAAUCCUCUCAAGCCUGCUUUGGUGACAUACUGCAGAGACGGGACCAGCUGCACAAGGUUGCACAGAGGUUCAGUAACAAGACACUGCCUCAGAAGAAGCACCAGCAUGUAA